GGUCUGAAAUCUUUUGACCAUGAUAUUGGGAAGUUCUUCAUCCGUCUGCGUCUCGCUCUCUGAAAGAGUGAAGCUUGGCCCUUCUCUGUCUUCUUCAGGACCCUUUUUCAACCCUGUGAAUGGUGUGAGAUUCUCCAAGAAAAAUGGGGGUUGUGGGGUUGUGGCUAAGGCUAUGAACCAACCCAUUUUGAAUACAGUGUUUGAACCAUUUGAGGAAGUGAAAAAAGAGCUUCUUGUCAUCCCCACAGAGCUCCAUGCAUCACUGGCUCGCCAGAAGUACACCGAUCAGUCUGAGGCUGCACUCAAUGCACAGAUCAACGUGGAAUACAAUGUCUCUUACGUGUAUCAUGCCAUGUACGCCUAUUUCGACAGAGAUAAUGUUGCUCUGAAAGGAUUGGCCAAGUAA